UUUCUGGUUUUUUCUGUGGUGGGUACAGCUGUGCCUCCAAGUGUAUUUUCUGAUAUAGCGUGUGGUCCAUUGUGUCUCAUUAUCCUCUCUCCCCCAGGCCAGCUGAAGAGACCUCAUUCUCAGUAGGAAGAACUGUUACACAUCCUAAAUUAAGAUUCAAGGGCUUCAGCACAUAGGCAUAAUUGAUGGAUCGUCUGUAUGGGUAAUCUCAGUCUCCAGGUCGACUGACACUUUGUGACCCAAGACCUUCACCCUGAAUCACCAGUUUGAUCUUUCCAGCGUGGUCAGCCCCCACCUGAAACAAAGAAAAGCAUUCCAACCAGCUGAUAUUUUGGAUUGUGUGUUUUCUGAAGAGGAAACGCCAAGAUGACUGAUAAAGUCUUGCGUUCUAGAACUAUGGCCCAUGGUUCGUUGUCAUUCUCAGAUGUGGCCAUAGACUUCUCUCAGGAGGAGUGGGCCUGUCUGAACUCUGCCCAGAGGGACCUAUACUGGGAUGUGAUGUUGGAGAACUACAGUAACUUGGUCUCACUGGAUUUGGAGUCAGCAUUUAUACCUAAGGGGUUAGCUUUAGAAAUGAGUUUUCGCAAAAGGAAGUUAGGCAGCAAAAGUAAAUAUCGUCACCUUAAACGGCUGCGUCAAAGUGAGACUGAGCAACCACAGGGCUCUCAGGAGGAAAAUCUCAACCAAGUAACAACACCUGAAAAAAUACCUACUCAUAAGGAAAACCCACGUCCUAGACGACGUCAUCGGCCGCGUAAGGAGCAUGCCUAUGAAUGUAAGGAGUGUGGCAAGGCCUUCAGUCGCGGCUACCAGCUUAGCCAGCAUCAGAAAAUCCAUACUGGGGAGAAACCUUACGAGUGUAAAGAAUGUAAGAAGGCCUUUCGUUGGGGUAAUCAGCUCACUCAGCACCAGAAAAUUCAUACUGGGGAGAAGCCUUAUGAGUGUAAAGACUGUGGGAAGGCCUUCCGUUGGGGCUCAAGUCUCGUCAUUCAUAAGCGAAUUCACACUGGUGAGAAGCCCUAUGAGUGCAAAGACUGCGGGAAGGCCUUCCGACGUGGUGACGAGCUCACCCAGCACCAACGGUUCCACACUGGUGAGAAGGACUAUGAGUGUAAGGACUGUGGGAAGACUUUUAGCCGCCUAUACAAACUUAUUCAGCACAAGAGGAUUCACAGCGGAGAGAAGCCCUAUGAGUGCAAAGACUGUGGGAAGGCCUUCAUUUGUGGUUCCAGUCUCAUCCAACAUAAGAGAAUCCACACAGGGGAGAAACCCUUCGAAUGCCAAGAAUGUGGGAAGGCCUUCACUCGAGUCAAUUACCUAACUCAGCACCAGAAGAUUCACACCGGUGAGAAGCCCCAUGAGUGCAAGGAAUGCGGGAAGGCCUUCCGCUGGGGCUCAAGCCUCGUUAAGCAUGAGAGAAUCCACACGGGUGAGAAGCCCUAUAAGUGUACGGAGUGCGGGAAGGCCUUCAAUUGUGGCUAUCACCUCACUCAGCAUGAGAGAAUUCACACUGGCGAAACGCCUUAUAAAUGUAAGGAGUGUGGGAAGGCCUUUAUUUACGGGUCGAGCCUUGUCAAACAUGAGAGAAUUCAUACUGGAGAGAAGCCCUAUAAGUGCAAGGAUUGUGGGAAGGCCUUUAGUCAUGGCCAUCAGCUUACACAGCAUCAGAAAACACACAUGGUGAAAUCCUACCCAUGUAAGGAAUGUGGGAAGGUAUAUAGUCAUGCAAACCAUCUUAGAGAACAUCUGAAGAUUCAUAACAGUUGA